ACAAGGAACCUGAGGAUGAGAAAAAGAAAGAGAAUGAAGGCGAUGAUGAAGAUGACCAAGCUAAAGAAGACAAAGCUAAAGAAGCUGAAAAAGACAAAACUGAAGAAGCUGAAGAAGACAAAACUGAAAAAGAUGAAGAAGACAAAGCUGAAGAAGACAAAGAUAGUGAGAAUGAUGAUG